CUCUCUCUCUCUCUCUCUCUCUCUCUCUCUCUCUCUCUCUCUCUCUCUCCACAUCACACAGAACAAGAACUCAAGAGGCUACACCACAAGGUCCGCAUAUCCUAACCAUGUCGGGAGUUUGGGUGUUCAAGAACGGAGUCAUUCGUCUCGUCGAGAACCCGAACCAGUCGUCGGAUUCGUCGCAUGGUCGGAGAAAGGUUCUUGUCUACUUGCCGACCGGAGAGAUCGUAUCUUCGUACUCAUCUCUCGAGCAGAUCCUUCAAAGACUUGGUUGGGAGAGGUACUAUGGAGGCGAUAUCGAUCUCAUUCAGUUCCACAAACGUUCAUCCAUCGACCUCAUCUCUCUUCCGCGAGAUUUCUCCAAGUUCAGCUCCGUUUACAUGUACGACAUCGUCGUCAAGAACCCUAAUUCCUUCCACGUCCGUGAUUGCCAUUGAAUUGUAAUUGGUGUCUUUGUCGGGUCUCGUUGAUUUCACGUGUUUCGCGUGUGCAUGGCAUGUGCAUGUUGGUUUUUAUGUCUUUUGUACUUUGGGGCAUUGCGGGGGCUUUGUCGAAAUUUAAAAAGUGUAGGGAUGAGGUUCGCGUUGAUUGUAACUGUUUAGUUGCUGCUGGAGUUGCGUAAACGUGUCUGUAUAUGUCACUCUAUUCUAAAUUAUC